UUGUCCGGCCUCCCUGUGGAGCUCUUGCGAGAGAUCCAAACCCUCCUUCCGUACGCUUCACAUUUCGCACUACGGAUCACAUGUCGAGACCUUUACAGCAAAAUUAGCCGGCCUAGUCAUUCAUAUUCAAUGGUGGAUCUUCUCGCAAUCGAGACGUGGCCGCAAUAUAAUCACGCUAUGCAACGUCCGGCCCAUCUCAAACAGCCUAUUGCCGGCCUAGAUUUCUUCAGCUGCUCACGAUGCUUGCGGAUACGCUCAGCAUGCUACUUCAGCAAUGCUAUGAUGAAAGGCAAGCGCGGGAAAUCAGCCCCACCUCGAGCCAAGCAAGGUCGUAUAUGCAUCCAAUGUGGUAUGGCAUCCGGUCAAUACCACAAGGGCGUAUCCAUGAUGCACGGUGGAGCG